AUGCAAUUUACCAGCCCACUGACUAUUUAUUUAUCGUUAUUCCCGCAAAAUAUUUCUAAUCAAUCUCCCGCAGAAAUGGGACAGAGGUAUCGUAAGCUAAACGCUGCACUAUGCGUUCUCAUUUAUACCGCAACCAUAUUAUCAAUACAAACAGCCCGUAUAAAUCUCACAGCAACCGAGUUCCCUCCAUGUGUUGAUGUUUUCGAGGGAAUCUUUAGUGGAGGUGGUGUUUAUAGGAUGUUCCACUCGCACUCUUCGCCAAUCUCUAUUGUUGAAUAUGGUAUUGUAACUUUGCUUGAUGUCAGCUCGAAAAAAUGUUACGAAAGUGAUACCUACGUUCAAGAUUAUAGGCGUGGCGAUCAUGUAUUCGUUACCAUCAGCCGUUUUCACGGUAAGGAGUUUAAGGUCUUACAUACAUUCGUAUAUGAAAUCAAAGGUAACGAACUCCGAUUGUCAUCUCAUGAAUUGAAAAAAGCUUUUGUCGGAGGGCUUAUAUCGUUGAAAUUAGACUUAGCCGCACCAAAACAACAUCCGUUCAUAGCUGUCGCGCCUAGCUACGAGGAUGUACAACAUGUUAUGUGGUCUAUUAUACCACUAUCACGAGGAUACCAAAAGUUAUCACCAGCUAGACGAAUACGAAAUCGUCAUGACAGAUAUAUGAUAUCUCCGAUGGUCAAUUUGGAUAAAGAGUAUAACGACGAGAACGACCCUCCUUCGUCAAUAAGCUGUUACAAUAGCAACAUACACAUUUCAACUAAGCAGCAUACUGUACUGGUUAUCAAACAUCCACACUUAAAAUAUCAUUACAGGGCACGAAUACCGCAAGUGGAAGACAACAUUUUCAAACCGAGAAACGUGUUGUCCUUUAUAUACGAUUUCACAUUACCGGCGAAAGGUGCAGAAUCCCACCGAAAUGUACACAUAAAUAUAGAUAUAUCAACCACUGAAACCACUGAGUCCGACAUAUUCAUUUUGGCUAAUCUAAGAAGGGGAUGUUGGUUAUAUAGUCAGUAUUCCAUCAUACCUUUGAUGGACCAAAGCACAGUCUCAGUUAAGGUGAUGAAUUCAGACAAGUAUCUAAUAUACGAAGGCUUGCCAAAUUUUAUCAUUACACAUGUGGAGGUAUUCAACCACGUCACAAAAGGAUGGCAAUACGUCGUGGUAAAUACUAUAAAAGUUGAGCCGUCUAAGGUUGCGAGCAUACAAAAAGUAUUCUUCCGCCAUGACGAAGACGGUAACACGAUAUACUUUGACCUCGAUAUGUUUUGGGCAGAACCAUAUAUAGAUAUGCUAUACAAUAUAAAUGUUUUAGAGAAAUGCGCUGAUAAAGAAGAAAACGAUAUUCUGCAGGAAGCCUUAGUGAAAUCAGAUAUAAUUUAA